AGUCAAUAGGAAGAGAGAGCACACAGAGAGAGACACAGACAGAGAUAGUGACCAUUAGAGAAAGAGGAGAAAGACGAGAGAGACCUCGGUGUUGUGGUUGAUUCAUCGAGGCAGUAGAGGCAGGAUGUGGGUCCUCAUCUGGGCAGCUCUACUUCUCUCUCUGACAGAGAGAACCACAUGCCCAAUGAAGGCCCCUGCAGCAGCAUACAAAAUCACCUUCAGUCCAGCAGAGAUAACACCACAGACUGGACUAUGUGCUGUUAUUCCAUGUUCGUUCACUCACCCUGAUGACUUCCUUGCUGGCAUAGCAAUAUGGCUUAAAUGCCCUGAUGAACAAUGCUCUAUUAAAGUCGAAACAGACUCUAUUUUCCACUCAAUGAAUUGCUCUAUAGCUCAGGAGGGUUAUAGAAGGCGAGUAGCACUACUGGAGACAGACCUGACAAAGAAGAACUGCAGUAUGAUCAUCAACGACAUCACUAAGACUGAUGACGGAGACUAUAAAUUAAGACUGUCCGGAACAUUGAACAGUGGAAAUAUAAGUAAAUUUACAUACCAGACGAAACUGAAAAUGGCAGUGAAAGCUCUGACCCAGAAGCCCUCAGUGUUGACUCCUCCUCUGACAGAGGGAGAACCAGCGACCCUGACCUGCACCGCCCCGGGGAUCUGCUCUGGAACUCCUCCUAACAUCACAUGGACAUGGAGAGGGACAGGAGACAACAUCACUGAGCUCAGAGACAACACCACUACACAAAGGAGAGAGGAUCUGACCAGCGUCACAACAACCCACUUCUCAACUUUGACCUUUACACCUUCAGCAGAGCACCACACCACCAAGGUCACGUGCCAAGUGACAUUCAAAGGGAAAAUCAGCACUGAGGAGACAGUGACUUUGAAUGUGACUCAUGUGAAGGAACCCAAGAUCUCUGGUAGUAACACAGUGAGAGAGGGUGAUACCCUGAAUCUGACCUGCAGUGUUGACAGUUACCCACCACCACCAUCUAUCACCUGGAGUAAGAAUGGGACAACAGCUUUGGAACAGAAUAACUCUGGACUGGCCUCUCUCACCAUCUCCAACAUGACAAGAGAACGUGCUGGGGAGUAUGUGUGUAAAGCUCAACACCUCAACAGGACUCUGACAGCUUCCAUUGUUGUCACUGUGAUGUACCAUCCUGUGAUUCUCAAUGCUUCUGGGUGUGUCAUCCAGGCAAAGGUCAUGACCUGUGUGUGUGUCAGCCAGGGGGUUCCCUUACCUCUCAUAGGCUGGCUUAACACUGAGGAGUACUCCCUCACUAAAUCAGUGUUGAGGUCCUCAGUGAACACCACCAUCAGGAUGCAUGUCGGAAACCACAACAACACUACUGUGGAGUGUGUCAGCACAAAUGAAGUGGGCAGAGUGAGAGAGAAGCUGCAAGUCACCCAAAAAGAGAGCCAAGGAAAGCAAGGAGAGGAAGUAUCUAAAGACAUCUUGGCUCUGCUGUUGAACCCACCACUGAUUGCUGCAUUUGUGAUUGGUGCAGCCUGCUCAUCCACCAUCUGUUGUAUCAUCCUGUGUUUGACAGGGAAAUGUAAAAGAUGCAAAGUGAGGAUCCCAAAGGAGUCAGACUCCAAAAGCCCUUUAACGAAACUGGAGAUGGUGGCAUGUGAAGACCAACAGACGAAUGCAGGACAGGCUGUGCGGGGCGAUCAGACCCCUCUGCAGGUGGUGCUGAUGGGGGGAGCUGAAAACACAGGACCCCAGACCAGUGGAGCUGCAGGAAACUCUGCCAAAGGGGAAGAACCUAAAGAUGUGCACUACACCACUAUCAACUACUCCCAACUGAAGAAGACUCCUGAGGAGGCAGAGAAGAAGACCACCACCUCGGAGUCAGAGUACGCCAAAAUCAAACGAGAGAAGAAGAAAGAGGGGUAUGAAGGUGGAGGAGAGGGGAGUGGAGUGAUGGACGAGGAGGAGAACGAGAAUGGUAAGCUAGCAGCAGAGACAUAUGACAAUACAGAGCUUUACUCCAACGUCAAGGCUAUUAUGGGUGGUGAGUGACACAGCAAUUUUCACUAGAAACAUGGGGGAUAGCAUGCAGUAUUGUAUAGCCAUGUGUUCCUUUAUCAUUUUCUGAAUUCAGAUUGAAUGUUUUAUGUUGAUACUGGGACUUUUGCUCAACUGAAACUACUGUAGUUUUGGUGUUGUUUCCUCAUGUGCCAAAUCAAGUUGGAAUGUUUUAUGAUAAUACAGAGACGUUGUUUAAUAACUGAAACUACUGUAGUUAAUAGUUUUGGUAAAUGAUUUAUUUUACAGCCUUGUGUCAGAUGGUACUGUAUGUAUCUGGUGGUUGGACAUUUUCAAUAAGAAUAUUUUCUAGUUGUACAUAGAAGCAAGUUUUGGUCAAGUUUUUAUAAAGUUUUUCAAGGAAGAGUCAUUUUACUUUUGUAAUGACAGUGUUUUGUCACCAAGGGGAAGGACUGACAUAUACGCGGUUGGGAAAAGUAGAGGUCAAGACAUUUCUUUUUUCUUCUCCUCUUUCCUUUCAUUUUUGCAUUUUGAUUUUACAAGUGGGUGGGGAUAUUAGGUAGUACGUGUGGAUGUAAUCAAUAUAUUUCUGUAAAUAGAAUACUGAUAGUGUUCCAGAAUUCUCAUUUUGGGCUAGCCAGAGAGCUCAAAGUAAAGAAUCAAGAAAAAAAGUACAUUAUGCUUUUAAAUGUUGUUUGCUUUAGACAGCUUGGUUGUUUAGCAACAAAACAGAUGCAAGCACAACUAUGUGGUAAGACAGAUGGGUUGGCUUAGAUUGUUGACAACAUGUCACAUAUUUUGUCUCCAAUGUUUGAAAAUAUAAAUACAUUUCCAAAAUGAGCACUUGUUGUCUCUCAAAUACGGUGUUACAGUUGUUUGGUUAGCUAGGUAGCAUUUUGCGUGCCAUAUUAGCAAAUAACACCCCCCAAAAAAUAUGACAUUUCAAGAACAACAUAAAACUAGCUGAAACAAGCCACCUACUAUUCCCCAGAUGGCAGCUUUUUAUGUCAUUGAUGCUAGAUAUCUGGCCAUCCAGAAUCACCACAACAUGCGGUCUUCUGCCCCAUUGAAGCAUGCCUAUCGUUUUCAUGACAUUGUCAGCUAACCCAUUUAUGAGAAUAUUUUUCUAUUCACAAGUGUGCAUUAUUGCAGUAUUGUUUUAUAUUGGAGGCACUACCUCAAUCUUUUUUGUAAUUUCAUUUGUUUGUUCUCUGAAAUCUGUUAAAAUAAUGUAUAAAUGGUACAU